AUGAUGAGACCCGACGAUGAUGACGGCAACGACGAUGGCGCCCCCGACAAUGAUUAUGCCACCAACGACGAUGGUGCCUCCGACGACGAUCACGCCAGUCACGACGGCGUGGACCUAAGCUUCCUGUUCAAGAGCAUCUCAUCUCUGAUCCUCGAGGAGAGAUUCCCGACACAACACGCCCGCGUGGACGCCUCCCCCGAGGGCACGCCCAUCUCCGACGAUGAUGAGAUGACGUUCGAGACUCCCCGCGGCCGUUCUAUCGAAGCCGCCCAUGUCGGUACCGCUCACGCCCCCGCACCCGUCCCCGCCCCCUCCCACGGUGCUGUUCGAGUCGACAGCCAGGGCUACUACUUGCCCAGCCAGACCGAGUACAGCAGCAAGUAUUUGCUGGGCCCGGAGGACUUCAAGGAAGUCGGCGGCACAGCCAACGAGCCCGCCACCAUCGGCCUGGUCGUCCUCAUCCUCAAGAACGACUGGAAUCACAAGGUCGGUAAGGCGAAGUUCAAGAUCGUCCACAUCGACAGCGGCGACGGCAAGAAGAGCGCGCGCGACGGCAAGAAGACCCACUUGUACGUCGACAACGACAGCGACUUGUAUCGCAUCAAGUUCCAAGGCAGCACCUGGGAUCGCGGUGCCAUUGCUCGUCUGCACGAUGUCAGCUUCGAGCUCAAGUCUGGUCGACCGAUCCAAGAUGGAUCGCAGAUUCUGGACUCGCCAUGUUCGCGCUGCGUCCGAAGAGACAUUUGGUCGCUUUAG